ACCCGCGCUCCUCGAUGACCGCCAAUGUUAGCGGUGGGGCAGAUGGAUGCUAAUCGGCAGAGCGCGUUCGUCCUCAGCAGCACGCCGCUGGCCGCGCUGCACAACAUGGCCGAGAUGAAGACCUCCCUCUUCCCCUACACCCUGCAGAACCCCUCCGGCUUCAAGGCGCCGGCCCUCGGCGGACUCAACACGCAGCUCCCCUUGGGGACGCCGCACGGAAUAAGCGACAUCCUGGGACGGCCCGUGGGCUCCGCCAGCAACCUGCUGGGCGGGCUGCCCCGCAUCAACGGGCUGGCGGCCUCGGCCGGGAUGUACUUCAACCCCGCCGCCGUCUCCCGGUACCCGAAGCCGCUGGCGGAGCUGCCGGGGCGGCCGCCGAUUUUCUGGCCGGGAGUGGUGCAGGGCUCUCCCUGGAGAGACCCCCGGCUCGCCUGUCCCGCUCAGACGGGGAUGGUUUUGGACAAGGACGGCAAGAAGAAACACUCGCGACCGACUUUCUCUGGGCAGCAGAUUUUUGCUUUGGAGAAAACCUUCGAACAGACGAAAUACUUGGCAGGACCGGAGAGAGCCCGCCUCGCCUAUUCCCUAGGGAUGACCGAGAGCCAAGUGAAGGUGUGGUUCCAGAACAGACGGACCAAGUGGCGGAAGCGGCACGCGGCGGAGAUGGCCUCGGCCAAGAAGAAGCACGACUCGGAGACGGAGAAGCUGAAGGAGAGCUCGGACAAUGAGGACGAUGACGAGUACAACAAGCCCUUGGACCCCAACUCAGACGACGAAAAAAUCACGAGGCUAUUGAAAAAGCACAAAUCCACGAACCUGUCCCUGGUCAGCCCCUGCAGCACCAGCUCGGACACCUUGUGAGGCCGCUGGGGCCAGACCCGCCUCCCUGGGUGCUCGACGGGUGUCUUGUACAGCCUAAGAUGUAUGUGAAAUGUAUAUAUAUUUUUUACAGAAUAAGUUAUGAAAUUAUUUUCCUUCUCAUCGAUGUAAAUUUCAGAGGAAUUUUUCCAACUUUUUGGUGUUUUUUUUUUUUCCUUUGUUUCCUGUCCCCCUUAGGUUUCCCCUAUUUCUUUCAGCCUUCUUGCCGACUUCUGCUCCUAACAAUCAGAUGGUUACGUUUUGUAUGGGUCGCCAAAUUCCAGCUCAGCCACUUUGUAUAUAGUAAAUUUCAGAUUUUGUGAUGUAUAUUUCUAGUGUAAAAAAAAAAAAGAGGCUGUUUUCUUUCACUCCCUCCCUCAGUGUUUUGGCGGUUUGAUUUCUCCUGUCUCUGGAUUUUACGCUUAAUGAUACCGAAAGAGAAAACAACCCAAAAAAGCACGAGAGAAAAAGGGACACACGAUUUUACAUUGGGAUCAAAUAACGUCUCCACGCGGGUUGGAAAGACUUUGUAUAAAUCAAUAAAUUA